AUGUCGCUACUAGGUAGAGCAAGAUCGUUGAACUACCAAGGGAAACUAUAUGACAAGUUUCCAACGAUUUACAACAUUCAUGUCAUAGCAAUAACAGCAACUGUUUCUGGUCUCAUGUUUGGUUUUGAUAUCUCUUCGGUAUCUUCUUUUGUGAGCCAGGAGCAUUACAGAAACUACUUUAAUCGGCCAGACAGUUUGACACAAGGUGGAAUAACUGCUAGUAUGGCCGGUGGAUCUUUUGUAGGUUCGUUAGUUUCUUCCGAUUUUCAGGACAUAUUUGGUAGAAGGGUCGCUCUCCAUGUGUGCAGUGCAUUAUGGAUCACCGGAGCUAUUAUUCAAAGUGCUUCGCAAAAUCAAGGUAUGUUGAUUGCAGGAAGAUUUAUUUCUGGUCUUGGUAUCGGAUUCGGGUCAGCUUCUGCUCCAGUAUACUGUUCUGAAGUUUCACCUGCAAAAAUUAGGGGCUUGAUUGGAGGCCUUUUUCAACUUUCGGUCACCGUGGGUAUCAUGGUAAUGUUCUACAUUGGAUAUGGAUGUCACUUCAUCGACGGUGUUGCAUCAUUCAGACUGGCUUGGGGUCUGCAGAUGAUUCCAGGUUUUAUUCUACUGGUGGGCGUCUUCUUUAUUCCAGAAUCACCAAGAUGGCUAGCGAACCAUGAACGCUGGGAUGACGCGGUUGAAAUUAUUGCCAAUGUCGUGGCUGACGGUGAUAGGGAAGACCCUGAUGUCCAUUUGCAAUUGGAUGAACUUCAGGAACAAGUGUUGAUCGAUAAAGAUGCAGCCAAUUUUGGCUAUGCAGAUCUAUUCAAAAAAGAUUGUAGAAAACGUACCUUCAUUGGUGUAUCUGCCCAAAUAUGGCAACAGCUUUGUGGUAUGAAUGUGAUGAUGUAUUAUAUUGUGUACAUCUUUGAGAUGGCUGGAUAUUCAGGAAACGUGAAUCUGGUCUCGUCUUCUAUUCAAUAUGUUUUGAAUGUUGUUAUGACCAUACCGGCUUUAUUUUUGAUGGACCGUGUUGGUAGAAGACCUCUGCUCAUAGGUGGUGGAAUUUUCAUGUUUAUUUGGUUGUUUGGAGUUGCAGGCUUAUUGGCUACUUACUCUGAGCCAAUUGAAAAUUUUGGUGGUGACGACACUGUUCGAAUACUUAUCCCUGACGAACACAAGGCGGCAGCUAGGGGGGUCAUUGCUUGUUCGUACCUAUUUGUUUGCUCGUUUGCGCCAACAUGGGGUAUCUGUAUUUGGGUUUAUGUAUCAGAGAUUUUCAAUAACAGACAGAGAGCUAAGGGAGCUGCACUGGCUACUUCGGCAAAUUGGAUUUUCAACUUUGCUCUAGCUAUGUUCGUACCAAGUGCUUUUCGGAAUAUUACCUGGAGAACGUACAUUAUCUUCGGCGUGUUUUCGGUUUGCUUGACUGUCCAUGUCAUUGUGCAAUUUCCAGAAACCAGAGGGAAGACCUUGGAAGAGAUUGAUAAGAUGUUCAAAGACAAUAUUCCUGCAUGGAGAACAAGUUCCUAUGUCCCUGAAAUGCCGAUCGUUCACAAAGAAAAGAUUGGAUCGACAGAGCAUAUAGAAAAUGCUUCCAACUUGUCUGAGAAGCCGAUUAUGGUUCACGAGGAGGAGUCUGUUUGA